AUGGAAGCGGCCGGCUUUGUCGACAUCGAGUUCAAGGACAUGGCAAUCCCGGUUGGGGUCUGGCACCCAGAUAAGGAUUCUGCAGAACGAGGACUUUGGUGGAAGAUGUCGAUUGAGAUGGAUCUUGAAGGAUAUCUCAACUACAUCUGCCACAACCUGCUAGGCUGGAAGCCAGAGGAGACCAAGGCCUUCUGGGCCCAUGUUGAGAAGGAAUCGAAUGAUCCUAACAUCCAUGGCUACGUCACAGCGCGUGUCGCAUGGGGCCAGAAGCCAGAGCAAGAGUGGUCGUGCACUUGA